AUUUAAUUAAUUCAAUUAAAAUAAAAUCUAGUUUACAGUGAAAAUGUUUAAGUUUGCAAUAGACAGGGGUGGCACUUUUACUGAUGUGUUUGCCAUUUGUCCGAAUGGACGCAUUCGAGUCAUGAAACUCUUGAGUGUCGAUCCCGACAACUAUAAGGACGCACCACUUGAAGCCAUUACAAGAAUUAUUAGAUCAGAAUUAGAUGGAAAAUAUGGGGACCAAUCCAAUAUCGAUUCCAGUUUUAUUGAAUGGAUAAGAAUGGGAACGACUGUUGCGACCAAUGCUUUACUGGAACGCAAAGGAGAACCCAUUGCUUUAGUUGUGACCAAAGGUUUUAGAGACAUACUAGAAAUAGGCAAUCAAUCGAGAGAUGAUAUCUUUGAAUUGAAUAUCAAAAGUCCACAACUUUUGUACGAAGAAGUAGUUGAAGUGGAAGAGAGAGUUGUUCUCAAACAACAAAAUUGUAGAAUCGAUAAAACAAAUUGUGAAGAAGUUGUUGGUGUAACCGGGGAUGUGUUGCAGGUCUGGCAAACUAUUGACACACAAACAUUAAGGCAAAACUUGCAGAAAGUUUUUGAUAGUGGUAUAAGGAGUCUAGCGGUCGCUCUUCUUCACUCGUAUACGUAUCCAAAACACGAAGAAGUAGUCAAAGAGGUCGCAGAAGAGAUUGGAUUCACUCAAAUCACACUAUCAUCUCAUGUGAUGCCUAUGGUUAAGAUUGUUCCCCGAGGACUGACUGCAUGUGCCGACGCAUACCUUACCCCUCAUAUCAAGAAAUACAUUAACGGAUUUUCUUCGGGUUUCAAAAAUGGUUUAAACAAUUUGAACGUAUUAUUCAUGCAAUCGGACGGAGGGUUAACUCCCGUUAAUAAAUUUAGUGGCUGUCGAUCCAUAUUAAGUGGUCCGGCGGGCGGAGUAGUUGGCUAUUCCAACACCACUUAUAUGGACUUAAACGAUAACUCGCCAAUAAUAGGGUUCGACAUGGGAGGCACGUCCACUGAUGUCAGUCGCUAUAGUACUGCAUUUGAGCACACUUUUGAAUCAACCACCGCUGGAAUCACUAUACAAACCCCUCAAUUAGAUAUACAUACUGUAGCAGCGGGUGGAGGCUCUAAGUUAUAUUUCCGAACGGGUUUAUUCGUUGUGGGGCCAGAGAGUGCGGCUGCCUUUCCAGGACCGGUAUGCUAUCGGAACAAUGGGUUUCUUACUGUGACAGACGCUAACUUAUGUUUGGGUCGAAUUAUACCGAAAUAUUUCCCUAAAAUAUUUGGCCCUAAAAAAGAUGAGCCGUUAGAUAAGGACUCGACAAUCGCUGCCUUUAAUAAAUUGACUCAAGAAAUCAAUGAAUUCGUUAAAUCUUCGGAAUCUUAUGAUAAAAAACUAUUAACUAUAGAAGAAGUAGCGAUGGGUUUCAUUAGAGUAGCCAAUGAAGCCAUGUGUCGACCCAUAAGAGCCAUUACCCAAGGGAAAGGACACGACACCUCAAAUCAUAUUCUCGCCUGCUUUGGUGGCGCAGGUGGGCAACAUGCAUGUGCUGUGGCCAGGUCUUUAGGAAUGUCCAAAGUGUUUGUCCACAAAUAUGCAGGCAUUCUAUCGGCAUAUGGUAUGGCUUUGGCUGAUGUGGUUCAUGAAGAAACGAUUCCCACAUCUUUUCAAUACAACGAUCAAUAUUUUACUCAAAUCGAUAAACGUAUUCAUGAAUUGAUUAACAAAUGUGUGGAAGAAUUGAAGAGACAAGGGUUUCAAGAUAAUGACAUAAGUGUUGAAAUCUAUUUGAAUAUGAGAUAUGAAAAGACAGACUUUCCUGUUAUGACACAAACUGAUUCUCUAUCCAAAAAUUCAAAGAAGUUCUGCACUGAAAAUAACUUUAAGAAAUCAUUUCUAGAAUUAUAUGAAAGAGAGUUUGGAUUCACAAUAUCUGAGCGCAAUAUUCUUGUCGACGAUAUUAGGGUUCGAGGCGUUGGAUCCUAUAAUGAGUUUAAAUCAGACACUAAGUCGACACAAAAAACUACUUCUCAGCCAACAGUUGACGAUACAGUGAAUUGUUAUUUCGAUGAAUUGGGAUUUUUGGAAACACCCGUCUAUUUGAUGGAAGGAUUAGCGUUUGGACACGAGAUUCAAGGUCCGGCUGUUAUAAUAGAUCCAAAUUUUACAGUUUUGGUGGAACCCAACUGUAGAGCUAUUAUAACCCAAAGCGGAAACAUUGUUAUUAAUGUCGAAAAAGUGAAGCAAACUAUGAGAGGAACUAAUUUAGACGCGAUCCAACUCUCAAUUUUCUCGCAUCGUUUCAUGAGUAUUGCCGAACAAAUGGGUCGAGUAUUGCAAAGGACUUCCAUCUCAACCAACAUUAAGGAGAGGCUUGACUUCUCUUGCGCUCUGUUUGGCCCAAAUGGAGGUCUUGUUAGUAACGCGCCUCACAUUCCCGUCCAUUUGGGAUCUAUGGGUAAAGCCGUGGAAUUCCAGAUCAACUAUUUUAAAGAUGAUCUCAAUAAAGGAGAUGUCAUACUAACCAAUCAUCCACAAGCCGGAGGCAGUCAUUUACCAGACCUGACUGUUAUUACUCCAGUUUUUUAUCCGGACCAAAAAGAUCCUAUAUUUUUUGUGGCUAAUCGUGGACAUCACGCAGAUAUAGGAGGUUUAACUCCAGGUUCAAUGCCUCCGCACUCGACCACUCUUUUUGAAGAGGGAGCGGCCGUUAAAUCAUUCAAAUUAGUGAAGUCAGGGAUCUUUCAAGAAGAAGGUGUCACUCAAAUAUUGAUGUCUCCGUCACAAUAUCGAGGCUGUAGUGGCACCAGAACUCUGAGCGAUAACUUAAGUGAUUUGAGAGCUCAAGUGGCCGCCAACCAAAAGGGCAUCAGUUUAGUAACAGAACUCAUCGAUUUUUAUGGUCUCGAUGUGGUUCAGGCGUAUAUGAGUUAUAUUCAGACAAAUGCUGAGUUGGCGGUAAGGGAUAUGCUUAAGAAAAUGGCUAAAACACUGGAAAGCCGCAGUCUAUUUGCUCUGGAUCAUAUGGACAGUGGAACCAAAAUUCAGCUGACAAUAGAUAUCAACGAGAUUACAGGUGACGCGGUGUUUGAUUUUACGGGAACUGAUGAAGAAGUAUACGGCAACUGCAACGCACCCACAGCUGUCACACUUUCAGCCAUUAUAUAUAGUUUGCGUUGUCUAGUGGGA